UAUCGAUUGGUUUAGGCGUGCAAAAAUUUAUUAUUUGUAUACAUAUAGAAAUUCAUAAUAUAAAUUAAUUGCAAACAAUUCGGAUGCGUGUGCAAUUCAACAUUUGCUGCCAUCGAGCCACUGUGCAGCUGUGGAAAUGACUGAAAAGACCGAGUCCACCAUUCCGCCAGAAACGGCGGCUGCCGUUGUUGCAACAAAAGGAGGCAACACUGUUACGGUGAAACGUGAGAAGAUUGACAUUGAGAUCGAGGCAAAGCUGCGUGCAUUAAAUUCCAAAAUUAAGUCGGAGAGUACAACUCCAACGCCAACGGUAGAUGCCACCGAUAGCGAUGCUAGCAACAACAGCAACGAUUCGUCACAGGACGAUAAAAAGCAAGUGGCACCUGUAAAAACGUCCAAUGAAAUUCUCGCCGAGCUCUUUGGUGUUUUUAAUGCGGCGCCACCUCAAGUGCUACUGGACGACAAGAACCUGCUAAAGAAACACAAAAAAGUAAAAAAGGAAAAAAAGAAAAAAUCGCGUGGCAAGUCCAUUAAAUCAGAUGGAGAAUGUUCCGACGACGAUGGGACAUCCGCUGAAAGUAGGCAUAAUAAGCAUAAGAGCAAACGGAAAAAGCACAAGCAUAAGCACAAAGACAGCAAGGACAAACACAAGGACAAGGAUCGAGAAAAGUCCAAGGAACGUCUCGCAGUGCCAACAACAAUAGUCAAGGCUGAGAAUAAGGAGAAGCCGGAGUCGCGAAAGCGGCAUGCUCUAUCGGAUGCGGACAUAUCAGCAGUGCCGGCCAAGAAGGAAGCAUUGCAUCACGAGCAAGGCACGGCGGAACGGGAGAGGGAACGCGAUAGGGAGCGGGAGAGAGAGAGAGAAAGAGAACGGGAUCGAGAGCGGGAACGGGAGCGAGAUCGGGAGAGGGAGCGAGAACGGGAGAGGGAUCGAGAGCGGGAAAGGGAUCGCGAAAGAGGACACAAUAGCUUUUACAAUGGCUACCAAGACGGCAGUCGGACACAUGCUAAGGAUGGCAAUGGAAGAACCACAAAAAUCAAAACCGAACGGCGCCAGUCUGACGAACUCUCACUGUCCGACGAGGAAACUUAUCUGCGAGAGAAGGCGAACGGACGUCGACGCUUCUACGGCGAAGUGAAACAGGAAUCCGGAGGCGACAGCAAGCGCAACACUACCUCCAACUCCAGAUACCAGAAUAACUCACGGCAUCGCACGCGGUCUCGUUCGCGAUCUCGUUCGAGAUCCCGGGACCUGGGCAUCGAUAAGAAGCGUUUAUUGGAGAUUGCACGCCGCAAUGCCAUCAGCAUGUUUAAGUGCGGUAACAUGGCGGGCGUGGCUGAAAUGACGCCGGAGGUAAAGGACAAGGUGCUGCUGAAAAUGCGCUAUGGCGGACGAACGGUGCAAGAUUUAACAGACUUUUGCAAGAAGAUCUCCAAUGGAGAAAUGCUGUCCGAUCUUAGCUCUGACGAGGACUCGGAUGUGGACAAGAAUGGUAAUGCGAAGGCCUUCCACCACCCGUUUCAACUAAAGGAGCGCGAACCCAUUGUGAUGCACAUACGCAACUCGACGCCCAUUGUGCCAAUGCGGCGCGAGGAUCAGACCAAGGCCAUAACUAUGCAGUUUCCCGUGUCAUCGGGUCAAGUGCAUCGCAUGAACGAAACCUGGGUGCCGGUGGAGAAGGAACCAGUGCAACCAUUGCCGGCACUCCCUCCCGCCAAGCAGGCUACCAGUAUGUUUAAAGAGGUGCAGCGCAAUGUAUUUGCCAAAUCGAUACCACAGCAGGAGCAACAGGAGCCCGCCUUUAAGCCCGCCAAUAUGCCUGCGGAUGUGAAUGACACGAAUGGUUCGCCCGGCAACAUACCACUGCAAUUACCAGCGUCGUUACCCGUGCCUACUCCUGCCCUAGUGCCUGCUGCUGCACCAGCCGUUCCAGCGACAAGCGCGCCGCCAAUCCUUUCAGUGCCGCCGCCUCCAAAGCCGCCGGCAAUGCAGAAAUUUGUGCCUGAAGUGCCAAUACCAUCGGCAGCAUUGCCUCCGCCGCCGCAGCCGAGUCCUUCUAUCUUCCCGCAGAGCAUGGCGCCCAGCAUGGAUGUAUCCAGCAUAAUCACGCAGCGCUUAAGUGCCAUAAGACGACUUCAGGAUAAUCCAACGGACUCGGAAGCGCUCAAAAUGAUGUUCAACGCGCAGCGGGACAUGACAUCGUGGGCAUCGUCGAAGCAUCUGCCAGGUCAGUUCACGGGUAGCACUGGCGCCCAGGUGAUGAAAGUCCAUGAGCUGAACAGUGGACCACAGCUGUGGGUGCGUCGGGAUCAGCUGACGUCAGCGAAGCCCGUGACAGGCGGUAUGGGUAUGACGCUGUUGCAGAAGAUGGGCUGGAAGCCGGGCGAAGGCUUGGGACGCACAAAGACUGGCUCGCUGCAGCCACUGCAACUGACCGUUAAGCUGGACAAACGAGGUUUGGUGUCGCGCGAAGAUAUCAAGCAGCAGCCACCACGCCAAGCGGGUGCACGGGGAACAAAGAACACAAGUGCCGUCAAUAUUGCGCAGGCCGCACUUACGGCUCAGGACAAGCAUCCGGUGUGUGUGCUCAACGAACUGACAUCGAAGAACAAAUGGCCGGCGCCACAGUAUAUGCUGAAAGAGGACUCGGGUCCUUCACACAGUCGCCUCUUUCUCUUCUCGGUGGAGGUCAAUGGUCAGACGUAUACCCCAACGCAGAAUUGUAACAACAAAAAGGAGGCCAAGCUCAAUGCGGCCAAGUUGUGUUUAAGAGCUUUGGGCAUUUUACCACCCAGUUAAUGUGGAAGAGACGUUGCCAAUGUGCGAAUGGGUCUGUCAUUUUUACCAUAGUUUAAUUUAUUAAGUGUAGCUAGAAAUAAUUGUAUAUGUUUCUGUAUAUAAUUAAUAA